AUGUCGAGCGAACUGGAUACUCAAGUCUCUUACGACACGGAUAUCAGAGUCUCGUUGCCCUUUCUGCAAGCAGCGCGGCAGAGGAACUAUGACUAUCUGACUUCGUUGCUCGCUCAGGGUCAUCAUCCCAACAAACGCGACGAUAAUGGCUACAUGGCUUUGCAUCGGGCCAUAAUCGAAGCUCCUGAAGACCUUACUACUGUGGCAAUGCUGUUGACGUACGGGGCAAGUCCACAUGCCUUCUUCAGGCCAGGGAACAGCUCGCUAGAGAUCACGCCCUUACACUACGCUGCCAUGAGGGGUGAUGUUGGACUCGUUUCCCUCUUCCUCAAUCAUGGAAAGAAUGACGUGACACCUCGAACCCUUAAGUACUGGACCACUCCGCUUGAGAAUGCCAUUAGCUAUGGUCGUCUAUCGGUUGUGGCGAGGUUCAUUGAGUUCUUCUCCAGCAGCCAGCUUCUGCACAAACCGACCCGUGGAAUUGAUGAAUCGAUCAUAUUAGCCGCUAAGCUCUGGUACUCAAAGGCGUUGACCUUGCUUCUGGACUACAAAAAGCACCACAUGUAUCCCAAUCCCAACGGGUUCGAUGUACUCAAACAUGCCUUCUGCGAAGCAAUCCGGCCUGAAGCCUGCACGUCCAGCGUCCAAGGCAUUACCGAACGAACUGGAGAACCCGGAGACAACACUCCUUCUAAGUGCGCCCAUCUUCUUAUUCAGGCCGGAAUCCGCUUCAGAGAUGAUGAAAUGGAUAGAUUGCUCAGUAUAACCUGCAGCAACGCCCACUUUAUCGGUGUCACUCGUCUGCUUCUGAACAUGGGUCCCAAGGUGACCGGUGAUCACAUUACCCGCGCUAUCGAAAGCCAGAGUUACCACAUGGUGAAAAUAGUGACCAAAUAUGUUAUCACCAGUGGUGGUGAAGCCGCGAUGAGGCGUGAUAGCGAACCUGACUUCAUCCAGUAUGCUGCUGGCCACGGCAAUUUGGACACCUUCGAAUACCUUUCCACGGAACUCAGUACAACCUCAUCCCAGAGCGCAUCAAUGCCAACAACCGAGAGUCGCAAAACCCCCCUCAUCCACUACGCCGUGUGGGGCCUCCGCCUCGACGUGGUCCAGCACCUUCUGUCAACUCGAGGCUCGAGCGCCAACGAAAAAGAUGAAUAUGGCCACUCCCCAUUGAUGUACGCUUUCGAUAUCGCCGACCCAAGCGACGAGAACACACGCCUGGCCAUCAUUCAGCUCCUCAUGCAGCACGGGGUCGAUAUCAAGGCCAGCUCCAUCGAAGGACUGACCGCUCUACAUCUCGCCGUCAGAUUAGGUGUUACACCCGCCGUCCAGCUCCUUCUCGAAAAGGGCAGUAACCCCAACGCGAAGACCGCCACCGGCAGCGAUCUGUAUCUCAGACGCAACCCGUCCUUCUGGAGCCCCGAGACCAACGCGCGCCUCCGAACCCCCUUGCACUGGGCCGUCGAUCGCCUGGCUAAUGUUUCCGUGGACGUCGUGAGACUUUUGCUUCAUUAUGGUGCGGAUAUGAACGCUCAGGACGGAAAUGGUGUCACACCUUUGAAUCUUCUCCUCGGCGACGGAUGGUGUAUUAAUGGAGCUUGGAAUGCUCGUAUGGAAGUCGCGAAUCUCUUGCUGGCCUGUGGUGCGGACGUUGAUAUCAGAGAUAUGAGCGGCAUCUCGGCUCGUCAGAGAGUCGAUCAGCGUGAUGCGGAGUUGCAUGCCUCUGCUGCUCAUAUGGCUUGAAUGCUGGGUACCUUGGUCUUUGGCUUAAGGUUUCUCUGAUUUAUUAAUUUUGAC